AAAAGUGAAGGAUGAUGCACGACAAAAACAUCCCAUUUUCUUUGUGUUCAACUAACAGCGACCAACGUCACAGCCGUGCAUCAUCAUGCCACACAGACAAGCCGCUGUGACUUUGAUCGUCGCCAACUAAAAAUGAGGACGUCUGUUGGAAACUAUGCAAGUGCGUGCGCGAGCGCGUGCGGGAACAGUUGCGGUGAAGUUCGCAGACCUGCUCCAUGGGAAGAGGAGACACGAAAACAUUUUGCACUGGAAUGUGGCAAAGUGACGUUUGAGGACCCUUUGUAAAGAGCUCCGGUCCGUCCUCUCAUCGCCGCAGAUGUAAACACACAGACGCAAAGCAGACUCUGACAAAAUGGACUCUAACACGUCGCGCGACAAUCCUCAAAAUGGCCCGAUGAUUAGGAGCGGCAGCUUCUUCAAGCUGAUUGAUGCAUUUGCGCUGGAGAUUGGAGAGUUACAGAAGGAGAUGGUUCACACCUCUCCCACAGUGGACCAGGAGCCAGUGGACAUACAAGGGCCAGAGAGUGAGGUGGGGGGUGAAGUGAGUGGAGUUUACCUGGAGCCCCCUCGACAUGGCAGCGUUAGGUGUGAAAGGGAUUAUGGAUAUGACUCAUUACGGAGGAGAAUGAGUGUGUUGGACAGACUGACUCAAACCCACCCCGUGUGGCUGCUGCUGACAGUCAGUGAAGAGGAAGCCACACACAUCCUACUUGGUCAACCACCAGGGGUUUUCUUGGUAAGGAAAUCCGUCACUCUGCAGAGGAAGGUCCUCUCUGUGCGUCUGAAAGGGGAUCGCUGCAGAAGCUCCAUUAGCCACUUCCCUGUCAGAGAGAGCCAGUAUACAUUUUCGCUUGAUGGAUCUGGGAUCAGCUUUGCAGACCUUUUCCGUCUGGUGGCUUUCUACUGUAUAAGCAGGGAUGUGUUGUCCUUCCCUCUCAAACUCCCAGAAGCCAUUGCAUCUGCCAAGACACAAAAAGAUCUGGAAGAGGUGGCUCAACUUGGACCAGGCUUUUGGGACUCAGCCCUCUGCAGCCAGCGUCCCACCUCCCACGCUCCCCACCGCCCUUCGAGCCGGACUCUCAGCCCGCAACGGACCAGCAGGACCAGGGAGGACGAGGGGUCGGAGCAGAGUCAUACUGGCCCCCAAAGUGACAGCGCACCACCAACAUUACGUCACCGGGCUCCUUCCUCUCGAAGUGAAAGAAGGCAUUCCAGUGCUACUCUCUGCUUUGUCAGCCCACUGUUUUUGCAGACUCGACAGCACCCCCACUGUGAGGAAGAUCCAUCUUCACACGAGAAAAUAAAUGUUUCUAUGAAAUCCACAAGUGGCAGCCACGAGAGCGACCGGCACCGAGACGAGAUCAAAGUGAACCGCAAAUCGCACCCCCCUCCUCGACCUCCCCCCCCUCGCUUGAUGCUGCGCAGGCGACCAGCUCCACCUCCACCUGGACCUCCAGCACUUACCACCAGACCCAAGAGCAUGCCAGUGGCCAUUCCUGUGGUCCCAAGGCAAGAGCAGGCCCGCACCAGGCGCCCGGCCCCCCCUCGACCAACAAUGGGUGUGAAACACAGCAGCCCACCCAAGAUUGCAAGCUCACCAAUCCCUGUGCCUUCAAACCCACCACCUCCAAGACCUAAUAAGCCUGUUCUGGCCCACCACUGCCACAUUGCCCUAGAUGAUGAGACCAUUGCCAAAGCCUUGUCGCGAGCCAAGCUACCACCAUCGGUCCCAGAUGAUGUUCCGCUCAAGAAAAGCGGUGUGAGUCCAUCAAUCCAAAAUGAGAGAGGACUUCAACGGCUCAGUGACAUGAGCAUGUCUACUUCUUCCUCUGAUUCAUUGGAAUAUUCACAGUCUCCUGGAUUCUCCCUGGGCCUGGGCUCCAGCCACUCAUGCCAUCUAAACCAUCAAGACACUGUAGAGGACACGAGUGAGGAUGAUGAGGAGGAGGAGGAGGAAGAGGAAGUGGAGGAGGACUAUGGGGUGGGCCUAGAGGCUGACUUAGAAAUGCGUCUUCGUCCAUCCUUCAAAGCUAGAAGGCGCAGGGUGGGUGUGAGCCUAAGUGGAGGACCGUUUAUUCUCCCCCGGGCCUUAAAGGGACGCUUCAGCAAGGUGAGCAGUAUGCUGACCUCCCUGAUGACUCCAGAGAGACGGGCAGUGAAAAAGAUAGCUGAGCUGUCCAGGGAUAAAAGUUCAUAUUUUGGCUCACUGGUUCAGGACUAUAUAGCCUUUGUUCAGGAGAACCGUGGUUGCCACACAUCGGGGGAGGAUUUUCUGCAGACACUCAGGCAGUUUAUGACGCAGAUGAAAGCUUAUCUGUGCCAAAGUUCUGAGCUGGAUCCUCCUAUAGAGUCGCUCAUCCCUGAAGAUGUGAUUGAACAGGUGCUGGAAAAGGCCAUGCAUAAGUGUGUGCUGAAGCCUCUUAAGACUUUUAUUGAUGUGGCCUUACAUGACUUCCAGGUGAACAGUGGAGAUUGGCAUCGGAUGAGAGAGAACUUGGCUUUGGCAAAGUCCAAGAGGCCCCAGGAGCUGGGAGUGGAUGGUGCAGUACCCCCUGACGCCGUGGCUAUUGAGAAGAUCCGUCAUAAGUUCCUUAACAUGAGGAAGAUGUACUCACCUGAGAAAAAGGUGUCACUGCUGUUACGUGUGUGCAAGCUCAUCUACACCAUCAUGCAGGACAACUCAGGGAGGAUGUAUGGCGCUGAUGACUUCCUGCCCAUGUUGACGUAUGUGGUAGCCCAGUGUGACAUGCCUCAGUUGGAUAUAGACAUCCAGUACAUGAUGGAGCUGCUGGAUCCAUCGCUUCUUCAAGGAGAAGAAGGUUACUACCUGACCAGUGCCUAUGGAGCUAUGGCCCUCAUCAAGAAUUUUCAGGAGGAGCAAGCAGCAAGGGUGCUGAGCUCUGAGGCCAGAAACACUCUACAUCAAUGGCACCGCCGACGCACUGCCCAGCGUUCAGCACCCACUGUGGAUGACUUUCAGAACUAUCUACGGUUAGCCCUGCAAGAUGUGGAUACAGGCUGCACAGCUAAAACCUUAAUCGUCCAUUCAUACACCACGACGGAAGAGGUCUGCUUACUUUGUGCUCACAAAUUCAAGGUUUCAGAGCCUGACAAUUACGCGCUCUUUCUGGACACCGAGGACACCUGUCAGCAACUGGCCCCUGACACACACCCUCAACAAAUCAAAGCUGAGCUUCACAGCCGACCCCGGGCUAAGACCUUCCAUUUUGUCUACAGGAGGGUGCCUAAUUUAAACGUUUGCAUACCUGCCUGCAUCUUUUAAUGAUCAAAUGGAGCAAUGAGGGAAUAUUUCCAACUGGUAGCACUUGAAUACAAUCACUGAUUUUUGCAUUUCAAGCAUUUUGCUGCUUAAUGGAGCUUGACUGAUAUGAUGCGUUUUAAUGGAGCAGCCAAGUGGGAGGUUGGACUCUGGAAAGUGUUGCAAGAGUCAUAGUGAGCCCUUAAAAUUUUAUUUCAGUAAUGCUAAUAAAUGCGGCACGGUGGACGACUGGUUAGAGCGUCAGCCUCACAGUUCUGAGGAUCUGGGUUCAAUCCCCGGCCCCACCUGUGUGGAGUUUGCAUGUUCUCCCCGUGCCUGCAUGGGGUUUUCUCCUCCGCGUACUCCGGAUUCCUCCCACAUCCAAAAAACAUGCAUGGUAGGUUGAAAGAAUAAAUUGCCUUUCGGUGUUAGUGGGGAAUGGUUGUUUGUUUAUAUGUUCUCGCCCGAAGAUAGCUGGGAUAGGCUCCAGCCUGCCCGCAAUCCUAGUGAGGCUAAGCGGUAUGGAAAAGCAAUGGAUAGAUGCUAAUAAAUUUGCUCAAGGCAUCAUGUCAGCAAAAAUACUGUACGUUAAAGAAGUAAUAAGAGGUUGUGCGAUGUGUUGAUUUGGAGGAAAUUUGUAAGUUUGAGAUGCAGAAGAAAGUUUAUUUUUUAUUUUUUAAAUAGACUGUGGGAUAUGCACACAGUCUAAAAGCAGCAAUGACAUUAUAUGCAUUUUAUGUAAUUAACUGCUGUAAUCCCAAUCUGCCUUCAAAAGGAAAUGUAAACUAGUGUAUGCAACUGCAAGCAUUCAGAUGUCACCAAGUGAUGAGCUAGAUUAAAUGAAAAUGAACCACAUAAAACACCAUCAAGUUGAAUGAACUUUUGGAACUAUUAAUGUUUCACUCUUGCUUCUCUGCAAUUGCUGGUCAAUUGCGACUUCUAUUACUAUGAUCAAUUUUUUUUAUAUUCAAAUGUUUUCAUUUUAUAUCGCAAUUAUCUCUAAGUGGGAAAGACGUGUCUUAUUAAUAUUUCCGCACUGGACUUUUUUUUUUUUUUUUUUUUAAACCAGAUCCCGUUCCACUGCGAGGACGAGGAUCUGUCUCCCUUUUAUGCCGAACCAGUUUUACCUGGCAGCAGUGGAUUUUUUUUCUACUGCCACUGUAGUUCUUUGUAUUAAGAUGUAUAUUUAUUGAAAAUUUCAGUCACAAAGACAAAAAAACAAAAAAACAAAAACAAGAAAUGACAGCACACUAGCAGUAAGAAAAACAAAGCAUUAUAUGCAUAAUACAAUGUCUCAUUAGAUUAAAGUUUUAUACAGGACACUGGUGCGACACCCUGUGAGGGAAGAACAGAACAAUCUUGGAUAGGACUGGACAGGGACAUAAGGGCAAGAGAUCAGCACAAAGGAAGUGGACCUGGCUGUGCAACUGGAGUGUGGUAGGAGUGGCUAUGUCAUUCGAAACGUCUGUACUGUAGAAACGGAGUGCAAGUGAGGGGACAUCGCAAGAAGGUCAUACGAGUUGUUUAUUAGCAAUUAAGGAGUAGCCCCAUACCAAGCAAAUAAAUCCCAGGGGUGUGCUUCUGCGGACACAUGCGAGUGAAUUGACACAGUCUCGCAUUCGCAAUAAACGUCAGAGGUGUCCUGGAAUUGCUGUGCCAUGGGAAUGGUUGACCCCAACCCCCCCAGGGGUGGGCAGGCACAGGGGCCCACCCUAGGAUGGCUACAUGGCACCCCCCCCCCCCCCCCCCUCCCACUGAAACGGCCCAAAACUGGCCACCAGGAGGAGAACGCCAAGACCCACCGACCCCCACGUAUGCAGAACUGUUUUUGCCCACCUCCCCAAGAACUCCAAUACAUUUCCAGAUGACGAAACAUUUCUGCAGCAUUGUUGCACAAUGGUCUCCAUUAUUUCGAAAUGGAAAAAGUUCGAAACAAAGGCUUUGUUCACGGAGGUGACCUAAAAUUUCAUGGCAUGCUCGAGAGGCCAAUGCAAAGAAGUAUUAAGCAGUCGUAAGCAUCAUAACAAAGACAACAUGAGGCUCCAAUUGUUCUAAAAGUGGUUUCUACGAGUAUUGAAAUAUUGUAUUGAGUAAAUGUGGUAUAUUACGCCACAUAGUAUGUGAUAGUUGAUAUUUUUUACUCUUGUCAAAAGUAAAUUGGCAUAGGUUCCAGCUCACCCACGACCCUGAACAGUAUUAAUGGUAGAAAAUGGAUGCACAGGUUAAGGGUUAUUCUUUGUUAUGUUUUGCAGCCAUGUAACUGUCUUGUCUCAUGUGUAUGUACAGUAUGCACUAUAGUUUGUUAGUUCCUCUCAUUGGUUCUGCUGUCCUUUUUGUCACUAACCAUCCAUUUCCUUUUUUUUCCCUUUCUCAUUUUAGUUAAUUGCCCCUUUUUUGUGUAUUUGUUUACCUUCAUCCAUUUUCUGUGAGGAAUCCUUGACUGCUAGUCAGUGUAAAGUUGACUGUCAUUCAAAUAAAACUUUCCUUUACUCCC